AGCUGACAGACAAAGAGACUUUCUCCUCUUCUCUUAUCCGUUCCCCUCUAAAACGGUCUCAACGGUCUCUUCUCUCUAUUUCUCUCUCAAAAAAUCGUGCUACUUUCGACUUGGCUUCGGCUCCAUUUAUAGCUGAAAUCAUUCACCAACUGUAACCCAAAUCAAAUUGUUCUUCUUUUCUUCACGCUGACUUCAUCUCACACGCCAUCUUCCGCUUCCUGCGUCAUCUGCUCACUGCCACCUGCAGAAGAAGAAGAAAACGUAACCCACUUCCUUCUUUCACUUUCCUUUUUCUUAUCCGUUCUCCUCCAGGCCUCAACUUGAAAUCUGAAAAUUUGAAAAGCCGAAAAGAACAACCACCGCCGGCAGCCCGGCCAUUUCUCUUCAAUGAUCUUGACACUCUAAACUUCCACUAUAAAAACCUUCAUUUUCUACACCCGAUGAACUCUCAUUUAUUUCCCACGAAUCCCCUCUCUUCUCCAUCUCUAAUCCCAAAAUUUCACCUUCGGAACCAACUGAGCCCUAAAAAGGUGCCAACUCCUUUUCUUAACAUCCUUCGCGUUUCUCUUCUUGGUUCCCCUCGAAACUUCAAUUGGAAGGUUGUUAAAGGAAUUAGAUUUGAUGGGCCAAUGGUGGAUAUGGGUGAAUUGGGGAAUAUGGAGGACGGCGAGCUGGUUGUGGAAACCAAUGUUACGCGUACCUUGCCUGCGGCAUUGACGCUUGAACGCGGGCUUGAGAGCAUCAAGGAAGCUUUGGAGGAGUUGAAGCUCAAUCCUCCAUCUUCUUCUCAUGGUGUUAUAAGAUUUCAGGUUGCAGUGCCUCCAAGUGCAAAAGCGUUGAAUUGGUUUUGCUGUCAACCAGAGUCAUCAGAUGUGUUUCCUCUAUUUUUUCUUUCUAAGGAAACAGAGAACCCAACUUGUAAAUCACUUUAUUCAAACAGGAUCCGUGGAGUUUUUGGAAUCGGAGUUGCAAUUUCCUUUGUGCGCUCAUCUUCUUAUGCCUCUAGAGAAGAGAACUUGGUUAGAAGAUAUCUUUCAAAUGAUUCGGCCCUUAUAAGAGCUUAUGGUUUUAUGGAUAUUAAUUUUGCAACAGAGUCUUCUAUAACUAUGAAGCACGAGGCUGGUUCUUUUUACUUUUUCAUUCCUCAGAUUGAGUUACAUGAGCAUGAGAGUGUCUCUAUUUUGGCGGCAACACUAGCAUGGGAUGAUGCUGUAUCUUGUACAUUUGAACAGGCCAUUCAGUCCUAUGAGUCAUCCCAUCAUCAGGCCAGUAGUUUUCGGCCCACGCCACAGAGAAUUCACUUCAGAAGUGCAAAAUCUGCUCUCAGAAAGCUUGGUGGAGUGAACCUGAUGACAGAUAAAACUAUCAAGUUGGUUUGUAUGAAUGCUCUCUCUCUGUCCUGGAGCGAGAUGUCAGCUGGCCCCAGGGAACAGAGGGCAGCAUCAACUUUCAGUCAGUUUUCAUUUAGGCUUUCACAAACCAUUGUUGUUGCUAAUAACAUGGAUGAUGGCAGUGAAAUCAGUUGCUCUAUUGGUGAUUUUGCUAAUAUCAAUGCUCUUUGGGCCGCACUUAUAGUAGAAGAAUGCAUCCGUCUUGGUUUGACGUAUUUUUGUGUGGCUCCAGGAUCAAGGUCAUCCCCCCUUGCUAUUGCUGCUUCUAGUCAUCCUUAUGCAACCUGUAUUGCAUGCUUUGAUGAGCGCUCACUUGCUUUUCAUGGGUUGGGUUAUGGUAGAGGAUCUCUAAAACCAGCUGUUAUCAUAACAUCAUCGGGCACUGCAGUUUCAAAUCUUCUGCCCGCU